AUGACCCAACCCUCGCUUAUCGUUCUUGCUGUUAAGCGUGCAAUGGAAAAGGGCAAAGCAACCUAUGAUAAGCAGAUCGGAUCCUAUAGUACAUUUUUCGUAAACUCAAAACUUGAAACUACUGAAUGUCCAAAAGAAAAUUCUAAUGAACUCUUAGAUUUUUAUAUUGAUGAUUGCAAAUCAGUACUUCCCAGUAAAUUAUCUGCAGAUGAAGCUAGCAAAAUUAGAUCAACUUUAGAAAUCAUUCAAAUUACUUCAGCUUUAGAUGAUGGUAGUUGCGUAGGCACGUCUGUCGUUCAGUCAUAUAACAACGAAAAUGGUAAAUUAUAUACAUUUUUAUACUCAUUUACACCAAAGAAUUCUGAAAUUAUUGCCCAAACAUUAAAUUCAGAGUUCUCGAUCAGAAUGGCUGAAAGAAUCUUUGUAUCUCGUAGAUCUAAGAUUAUUCUUAAAAUUUGGAAGAGAGAAUGGGAAGAAUAUCAGAAGAUUCCAGCUGUUAUUUCACAAGACACAGUUGUUCAGACAUUAUCAAUUGCUUUUGCUCCAUUCGUUUAUGGUGUAUUCUCUGGCCCAUCCCAAGUCAUUGAUGAUCUCAAGGCUCAGGCUAAAGCUACAACUCAGACAACUGUUAAGGACUACCAUCGUAUUAUUUACAACCCAAUGAAGAAGAUGGAAGUUCUCGUCACAGAUCCAGAAAUUCUCAAGAUUAUCCCAACAAGAUGGUUCAAGACUUCUGGUAGCUCUAUUGUUUAUCCAGUUGACUAUAAAUUUGAUCAAUAA